AUCACACUGCCAACCGCCUGGCUGCUCUUCCCAGUUCCUCCAGCUCUCGGCAAGCCCAGCAGGGCCUGCAGACCCGGGCACAUCGCCCACCCUCCACCUUCCUCCCCACCCCUGCACACAGAGGAGGGCUCUCGCUGGCGACCUGGUGGAGGGUGGGGCUGGCCUGGGGUCUCCAGAUGCUCACAGCAUGGAAAGGUCCUUUCGAUUCCUGGCGUGCUUGGCGUGUGUCGUCCCAACCGGAUCCUGUGUGAGAACUAAGAGAGAGACGACCGGGAGCUUGCUCAGCACAGACGUGCACAGUGCACCUGCUCAGCGCUGGUCCAUGCAGGUGCCGGCUGAGGUGUGUGCGGAGGUGGGCGACGCGGCCGUACUGCCCUGCACCUUCACGCACCCGCACCGCCACUACGACGGGCCGCUGACAGCCAUCUGGCGCGUGGGCGAGCCCUACGCGGGUCCGCAGGUGUUCCGCUGCACGGCGGCGCGGGGCAGCGAGCUCUGCCAGACAGCGCUGAGCCUCCACGGCCGCUUCCGGCUGCUGGGCAACCCGCGCCGCAAUGACCUGUCGCUGCGGGUCGAGCGCCUCGCCCUGGCCGAUGACGGCCGCUACUUCUGCCGCGUGGAGUUCGCCGGCGACGUCCACGACCGCUUCGAGAGCCGCCAUGGCGUCCGGCUGCGCGUGAGUGCCGCGCCGCACAUCAUCAACAUCUCGGUGCUGCCCGGCCCCACGCACGCCUUCCGCGCGCUCUGCACCGCCGAAGGGGAGCCGCCUCCCGUGCUCUCCUGGUCGGGCCCGGCCCUGGGCAACGGCUCCCUCUCCGUGCCGGGCCAAGGCCACGGCCACCAGGUGACCGCCGAGCUGCCCGCGCUGACCCACGACGGCCGCUACACUUGUGCCGCCGCCAACAGCCUAGGUCACGCCGAGGCCAGCGUCUACUUGUUCCGCUUUCGCGGCGGCGCGGGCGGGACCCCGGCCAUCGCCCUCCUGCUCGGCGCGCUCGGCUUCAAGGCGCUGCUGCUGCUCGGCUUCCUGGCUGCCGGCGCCGCCCGCCGGCGCCAAGAGCACUCGGUCACACAGGACACCCCUCCACGGCCCCAGGCUCAGGAGUCCAAUUACGAAAAUCUGAGCCAGAUGAACCCUCAGGGUCCACUGGCUGCCAUGUGUCCCCCAGGAGGAGUCCCUCGGCCGCUGGCAGCCACUUGUGCACCGUGAGGAGUGACAUCCAGCAUGAAGUUUGGUUGGUGCAGCCAUCCCGGUUCCCAGGCCCCUGCUCACAGAGACUCGCCUUGUCUCCUCCAAGGACAUCAAUCUUGAAGUCUCCAUGACAUCUGGGCCGGGGGGUGGGGGAGCAUUCUAAGGAGUGUGCCUGGACAUGUGAGCCGCACGUGAAACUUCCGGGAAAGCUCCCCUUGCCACCUGCUACCUAGAACCGCAGAGUAAGGCAGGAGACUGGGCAUGGGGCUGCAGGCCCCAGUUCCGUCCUGCUCUGUCACUGACUGGCUCGGUGGACAGACACACUUCCUUCUCCCCUCUAGGUCUCAGUUCGCCCCCCAUUGUACAUGGGCAGUAAUCUUCCUCACCUCUGGCUAACAGGACUGUCAAGAUCGGAGGAAAUAACAGACACAAAGGGCUUGGAAUUUUCAAGGUUGUUUUGGAUGUGCCACCUUUGGACGGGUGGCUUCCACACCAGCCUGGUGGGGACCAGAGGGCUCCAGAGAGUGAACUUGGGCUGGGACUAGGGCAUGCAAACCUGGAAACUUAGCCACAGGACAAUCCUGGAGCCCCUGCCUCCUGGGGUCUCCACUGUGACUGACCUACACCCUCUGCCCACCUUGUACCUCAUCAGUUGCUCCGUGCUGCCUGGAGCUAGAAAAAAGGAAACCAAACAGCCUUCUCAAAGCUUGUGGAAGCCACAGCCUCAGAGACUGAAAGCUGGAGACCCGAGGGGAGGUCUGGGUGGCAAGGUGCCCAUGGAUAAAGCAGCUACAGCUCCAUCCUCCGCUCGACCUGCAUCUCCCCAGCAGGUGCAAAGUCCAAAACCUUGGCAACUGUGCCCCAUUUGCCCGAGUUCUGCCAGACUAAGAGGCACUGCUGUCUUCUGCUCCAAUGGGCUCAGGGAUCUCCACCUUCACUUCCUAAGCAGGGUGGUGGGUUCAGAGGCUCCCCGCUCCCCAGAGCCUCUGCCAAGGCAGGUGGGAGAUGGAGGUCAUAGCUAACAUGGGAUCCAUCGAGGAGCCUGUCUUAGCUGUUACAUUUGUACGAGUUAGCAUUUGUACUUCCUCAUACGGGGGUACUCUGGGGCCUGCGCGUGGAAAGACUUCUACCACCAGGGAAGAAGUUAAGGACUUGGGAGUGGUGUGUGAGGAGCGGUGUGUGCUUUGACAUCUGCCUGGACUUCCAGUCCCAGUUUGCAGGUUUGCACACCACCUGCACCUACUGAAUCACAGGCAGGGGAGUGGGUUGGGGGCUGGAAGCCCAAACAAGUUCUUCAGAUGAUUCUGCCUCCAACUUUUUGUUAUGAUCAUUUUCAAACACAUAGCACAAAAGCUGGGAAAGGAAGGAGAUCCCGAUACCCACCUCUGUACCACAGCGAUGCAGUUCGCCGGGUUUGCGUACUGCACAUGUGGAUUGGGCUGAACUGCUGCAGAUGUCACAGUACUUCACCCCUAAAAAUACCAUUACUGCCCUUGAGAAAAUUCAUAGUAAAUCAAUAUCAUCAUCUCACAAUUCAUAGUCACAUGUCCUUAGUCCUCAAAAUGCCAUCUGGUGUAUUGUUUACAACCAGUAUCCAGCUGACACCAAGUGAUUUUAAAGCAAGCUGGCAUUCAACUUUCCCCUCUGGGUGCACCUGCCAUUGUUGCCAUCACUGUAGAUGCAAGGGUGCAGGCUAACAAUCUGAUUGUCCUUGUGCCUUUCCUCAGAGGAAUGGCUUCUGAUGGAGGCUGAUGGUUUCACACAGUGGGGAGACACCUUGGGCCAUGGGGAACUAGCAAGGAGGGGUGGCUGGCACCCCAUUAGGAUUUGUGCACGGUGCAUAGCAGUCUCCUGCUUGGGUUCCAAAGAAAGCAGUUGCUCCGAGGGGUACAGGGUAGGGUGGGGAGGGGCCGCACCUGACCAACGCCAGGCCUCUGUGAGUGACCUGAAUGGGGGCAGGGCUGCCUGUUCCCCAUCUGGCCCACUGUUGGUGCAAUGAGGGACCAGGGAAGCAAGCAACAGGCUGCAUCAAUGCAGUGGCCUGGGCCAUGAAAUUAAGCAGCUGACACGGUGUUUCCAAGACUGGAUUUCCCAGUGUGGUAUGGGGUCAGCUAGAACCUUUCACUUCCUCGGCACAGCCCUUCACCAACACUGGUGCACUUGUGAACCACUUUCUAACCCUUAAGUAUUCUUUCUGGAAAAAGUGGCCAAGUCCACCCAGACCCAGAAGGUAUCAUCCCCCAGGAAAUCCCAAAUUGGUGUUAAUCCUAAAUGCACAGACCCUCCCACACACUGGGCUCAUCCCAAGGUGUGUCUUACAAAGGUUAAUGAGAAAUGACACCAAGGAGGAGUGCUCUGGCAUCCCGGCGCAACCAGACAGUGGAUUUUCAGAGCAGACCCUGACCAAACUCGGGGACACUGUCUGCCCCGACAGCUCUGCUCUCCGAGGUACCUCUACCUGCACCCAUCACGUCUCAGGUCUUGGCAGCCUUUUAGCAGCAUUCACAGCCCUCCUCCUACCAAGCUCAAGUCCACAUUAGAGAGCAACAGGGGCUCUCCUCACCUCUGCGGUGUCACCAAGUGGCCUCUGUCCAAGCCAAUUCUUCAGGUCCAAAAUCACAGGUUCUUUCUGAAAUUACAGGCCUCUCCACUGAGGUGAAACAUCACAGAAUAACAUUUCUACCCAUCACAAACUUUCUAAAAUGUUUCUUAGUGUGAUUUAUUUAUGAAAACAAGACCCAAAAAACCAACCUCCCCAAAACAAUGAGACAGGCUCACCGCGUGUACACUGAAUUCAAAUCUGGUUUAUUUGCAGAAUUUUACUUCACCAAUUUUCAUUUCUUCCUGUUUCUCAUGGCUAUAUAAAAAUUCAUCCUUUGUACAAGCUUGUAAAAGGCUCAAGCGUGACUAAGAAGUGAAUAUUGCACAUGUAAUGACUUAAAAUCAGAGGACUUGAAGGGCACAUGAGACAUGGGAGAAGGAAGGGUUCAACAGCCUCUGUCUUCUCAGAAAGUGACUUCAAACCACUGAAGGAAGAGUGAGUUCUGAUUCUCAGUGCUCAAUGAGAUACUGCAUCUGUACAUUAAAGAUAAGUUACACACAACAGCAUUCCUCAGUGAUUCACCAUCCCAAAACAGGAUCCACAGGUGGCUUUUUUUUCAAGUUAUCAUCAUCAAGUAUCAAAAACCUAUCCAGUGUGAAUGAAAGAAACUUCACAUAUGAAGGUACUUCAGAAAGUCUGUCGAAAAACAGAAUUAGAAGUUUUGGUGCAAAAACAUUUUGAAAUUCAGGCAUAGUUUUUGCAUAAUAUACAUUUUUGCAUGAUCUUUUUGAAGACUGUUCAUAUGUAUGGACAUAAACUAUUUUUGCACCAAAGUAAAUCUUUCAAUUCCAUUUUUCCACACCCUUCUUGAAGUCCCAUCAUAUAGCUGCUCUGGGCCUCCCUAAAACAUGAGCGUAUUGUCACACACCACAAUGAAGUCCGCAUUGGUGCCUGGCUAUAAAUCAAGGACUUCACCCAGCAUCACCCAGCUGCCCAUGAAAGAACACAGAAGGGGACAUUGAAAAAAAAAAACAGAACAA